UUUUCAAUGCAUUUCCUGUCCUGUAGAGAAAAAACAUAUUAUUAACACAAAAGAUAUCACCAAAUACUGGAAACAGGGACACCAAGCAGAGGAUGUUAAUGAGGAGGAAAACCUUCCAAAGUCAUCGAUUGAAUUUAUUUUAAAUGCGGUGUCAAGAAAACUACAUGGAAUUUCCUCCUCCUUUAUGCUUGCACAAACUUUUGGAGUAGACAUGGAAGAAAAUUCCAAAAUAUGUGAUGCAGAAGAUAGAUUUAGAAUUCUCUAUAGAUGGAAAUGCAAAACGUCUGCCACGGAUCAUUUAAAAGAGUUAGGGAGAAUUUUGCGGGGGGCUGAUCUUGGAGAAGCAGAAGAUUGCGUAGAAACUUUUAAAGUGACGGACUUUGAAUGUUACGAUAUAUCUAUGCCUUGUCAGGCUGUUUCAACCAAAGAAUUCCAUUUCUUAAAGGAUAAACUUCCGAAGGAUUACACUCAUUUUGUACGAUUUCUAGGUCUGCCACACAUACAUAUAGAAGAGCUGGAGGUGGAUGGUUCUUCUGUGAAAGAAAGGAUAUAUAAAUCUCUCUUGAAAUUGAAAGAAGAUCGUCCAAAGUUAAGCCGACAGGAAGUAUGUAGAGCUUUGAAGUUCAUAGAGAGAAGUGAUGUCAUUGAUGAUCUAAACAAGCAAUGGGAAUAA